GCUUAAGUGCGUGUUUACCUCCCCACCCCCACAAAGCCUCCACACUUUCCUCACUUUCCAACUUUGAAAACUUUACACAAUUCAUAGACUUACCCAACACAACACAUGAUAACAAUCAAAACCAAGAAAAAACAACACAAACACAACACAUCUCAUCUAUGAUAUCUACCCUCUUUCUGUGAUCACAACCACCAAAAAUGGCCUUGAGCAACACCACCAAGCCCAAGAAACCUAUCAUCUCCAUCCAAUCCAGCCUAGCCACCACUCUCUUCUUCAUUGUCCUCUUCACCAUCCCAGCCCUCCUCCUCCUCCACACCCCCACCACCUCCAACUGCACCACCCUCUCCACUCAAUCCAAGGCUUGGUCCGGCGAUCUACGCACAGCCGAAUUCGCCUGGAACCACCUUGUAUUUGCCGAUGCCACCCCUCCGCCGGUCAAACUAAAAAUCGCAGUUUUUUCCCGAAAAUGGCCUAUUGGCUCCACCCCAGGCGGCAUGGAGCGUCACGCGCAUACCCUCCACACCACCCUAGCCCACCGUGGCCACCAGGUCCAUGUCUUCACAUCGCCAGUAAAUGACAUCAGCCUGACUAAAUUGGAUAAUCCUACGGUCGAGGAUGGUCCAAUUUUGUCUCCCAUCAUUCACUGCCACGAGGGCAGUGAACCAGGGAGGUGGCGUUACAACAAGGCCUGGGAGCAGUUCGAGGAAGAGAACCACCGCCAACCGUUCGACGUGGUUCACUCAGAAAGCGUGGCACUUCCUCACUGGCUAGCCCGCAACCUCCCCAACCUCGCUGUCUCGUGGCACGGCAUAGCCCUGGAGAGCGUCCAUUCCUCGAUUUACCAAGACCUGGCUCGCCGGCCCGAGGAGCCAAUUUCGCCCGAAUUCAACAAGAGCCUACAUGGGGUGAUCCCAAAAGUACUCAAUGAAAUCAAAUUCUUCAAAAACUACCAACACCAUGUUGCUAUAAGUGACAGUUGUGGUGAAAUGUUAAGAGAUGUGUAUCAAAUCCCAAGCAAAAGAGUUCAUGUGAUCAUCAAUGGAGUCAAUGAAGAAGACUUUCAAGAAGAUUCAAGAUUAGGUUUUGAAUUUAGAUCAACCAUAGGGGUCCCACAAAAUGCAAGCUUAGUUCUUGGUGUAGCAGGAAGACUAGUGAAAGACAAAGGCCACCCACUCCUCCAUGAAGCCUUUUCCAAGCUCAAAAACCGCCACCCCGACGUCUACCUGGUGGUCGCCGGAGCGGGACCAUGGGGGCAGCGAUACGAGGAUUUGGGUUCCCAAGUCAUAGUCUUGGGGUCUAUGAAACCAUCUGAAUUGAAAUUUUUUUACAAUGCUAUUGAUAUCUUUGUGAACCCAACUUUGAGGCCUCAGGGACUUGAUUUAACUCUCAUGGAGGCCAUGAUGAGUGGGAAACCGGUGAUGGCUUCGAGGUUUCCGAGCAUAAAAGGGACUAUUGUGGUUGAUGAUGAGUUUGGUUUUAUGUUUGCUCCGAAUGUGGAGUCGUUGGUCGCGGUGUUGGAGGCGGUGGUGGCAGAAGGGGCGGAGAGUCUGAGCAGGAGGGGGAAGGCUUGCCGGAGUUAUGCAGCUUCCAUGUUCACUGCACGUAAAAUGGCUUCGGCUUAUGAGAGGUUGUUUCUUUGUAUCAAGAAUGAAACAUUUUGUUCCUACCCUAGGUUUUAAGGUUUUGUUUCUUAAUGGUUUUUGUAAUUUUUGAAUGCCUUUGUUAUUCAAUGAAAAAUUCUAACCAUACAAUUUUUUUUUUCUUU